AUGGCUUGUGAAACUCCCUCCACGACCAAACUAAUACUAGGUCUAGUCUUACUAAUCUCUUUCCUCUACCUUAUAAUCAACUACUACUCUGCAAUUAAGACUUCACACUUACUCGCCAUUUUUAAUUUGAGUGCAACCAAUUCCCUCUUGCCAUGCAAGGAUCCCGAUGCAAGGGAAAAUUUCAAAAGGGCCAAAACGCUGUUGCAAGGUAAGCACAACACCUCCCUCUCAGAAAUCGAUCAAAUCGCCACAAUGGAAAUCGCGCGUUAUGAUUGCUCCUACCAGGACCCUGCCGAACCGAAAAUCAUCAUCGUUGUUCCUUAUAGACAUCGCGAAUUGGACCUCCUGUCGUUUAUUCUCCACAUGGUUCCCUAUUUUCGCCACCUUGUUAGGCAAAUGGAAAUACUCGUAGCUGAACAAAAUGGAACAGGGCCAUUCAAUCGAGCCAAGCUCUUCAAUGCGGCGAUUCGAGAGAUAAAGAAGGCUCCCAAAGGCGACCGACUCUCCGGAAGCAAGUGUUUCGCAUUUCAUGAUGUCGAUAAAUUGCCAAUUAAUCUUGAUGUCCCCUACUCCUGUGCCACGGGACCCCGGCAACUUCUACGGAUCCUCCAUAGUGAUGACUCAAUCACUGAAACCUACUCCUCUUUUCUUGGAGGUGUAACAAUGUUUUCAAUGUAUCAGUUGGAGAGAAUUAACGGAGCCUCGAAUUCGUUUGUGGGAUGGGGUGGUGAGGAUGACGACCUCUGGCGACGCACCCAAAUGGCCCGAAUGAAGGUUGUGAAACCCGAUAAGAAUAAAGGCCAAUUCUACGAAGGUAACUAUCAGCAUUCUCGAGCAGCAAAUCCGAAUCGUUUGGCACUUUUGAAACGUGAAAAUCAGGAAUCGAUUAUGCGGAAUGAUGGGCUACGACAGGUCAAUUACACUCUUAGAUCCCGAGUGAAUUAUAACACGUUUGUGUGGCUACUUCUCGAUGUAUAG